AUGUCUAAAUCAGAAGGACCAGCGAUCGGGAUCGAUUUGGGGACGACGUACUCCUGCGUCGGCAAGACGAAGAGUUUUGUUGUUUUACUACUCCUUUUUAGAACGAAUAAUACUGACCAAAAUAAUGAAACUUUUCUUUUCAAACUUAGGCAACACGACCGAGUGGAAAUCAUCGCCAACGACCAAGGGAACCGAACGACGCCAUCUUUUGUCGCGUUCACGGAUUCCGAAAGAUUAAUCGGCGACUCGGCGAAGAACCAAGUCGCGAUGAACCCGAAAAACACCGUCUUUGACGCCAAGCGGUUAAUCGGGAGAAAGUUUUCCGAUCCGCAAGUGCAACACGACAUGAAGGAGUUUUCGUACACGAUCGUGAAAGGGGAAGCGGAGAAACCGAUGAUUGAAGUUGAGUUUCACGGGGAGAAGAAGACGUUCGCGGCGGAGGAGAUUUCGUCCAUGGUUUUGGUGAAGAUGAGAGAAGUCGCCGAGGCGUUUUUGGGGAGAGACGUGAAGAACGCCGUCGUGACCGUGCCGGCGUACUUUAACGACUCCCAAAGACAAGCGACCAAGGAUGCGGCGGUCAUUGCCGGCUUGAACUGCUUGAGAAUUAUCAACGAACCGACCGCGGCUGCGAUCGCGUACGGUUUGGACAAGAAGAACUCGUCCACGGCGGAGAAGAACGUGUUGAUUUUUGAUUUGGGAGGCGGUACUUUCGAUGUGUCUUUGUUGACCAUCGAAGAAGGCAUCUUUGAAGUCAAGGCAACGGCAGGGGACACGCACUUGGGUGGUGAAGAUUUCGAUACUCGUUUGAGCAACCACUUUGCCGCGGAGUUCAAGAGAAAGCACAAGAAGGACAUCUCCGGCAACGCCAGAGCGUUGAGACGUUUAAGAACCGCGUGCGAAAGAGCCAAGAGAACUUUGUCCUCCACCGCGCAAACCUCCAUCGAAAUCGACUCCUUAUUCGAAGGUAUCGAUUUCUACACCUCCAUCACGAGAGCGAGAUUCGAAGAGUUGAACAUGGACUUGUUCCGCAAGUGCAUGGAACCAGUCGAGAAGUGCUUGAGAGAUGCCAAGUUCGACAAGGGCCAAGUCCACGAAGUCGUUUUGGUCGGCGGUUCCACGAGAAUCCCGAAGGUUCAGCAAUUGCUCUCCGACUUCUUCAACGGCAAGGAGUUGUGCAAGUCCAUCAACCCGGACGAAGCCGUCGCGUACGGCGCCGCCGUCCAAGCUGCCAUUUUGUCCGGCGAAGGUAACGAAAAGGUCCAAGACUUGUUGUUGUUGGACGUCACGCCGUUGUCGAUGGGUUUGGAAACCGUCGGCGGUGUCAUGACCGUGUUGAUCCCGAGAAACACGACGAUCCCGACCAAGAAAGAACAAGUGUUCUCCACGUAUUCUGACAACCAGCCGGGCGUGUUGAUCCAAGUUUUCGAAGGCGAACGUUCGCGAACGAGAGACAACAACUUGUUGGGUAAAUUUGAAUUGCAAGGCAUCCCGCCGGCGCCGAGAGGCGUCCCGCAAAUCAACGUCUGCUUCGACAUCGACGCGAACGGUAUCUUGAACGUGUCUGCGGAAGAUAAGUCCACCGGCCAAAAGAAUAAGAUUACCAUCACCAACGACAAGGGAAGAUUGUCCAAGGAAGACAUCGAAAGAAUGGUCCAAGAAGCCGAGAAGUACAAAGCGGAAGACGAAGAGCACAAGAAGAAGAUUGACGCGAAGAACGGUUUGGAGAACUACGCGUACAACAUGCGCAACUCGAUGAGCGACGAAAACGUCGGCGGCAAGUUAGAUCCGGAAGAUAAGAAAACGAUCGAAGCGAAGAUUGACGAGACCAUCGCUUGGUUGGACGGUAACCAAACCGCCGAAGUCGACGAGUUCGAAGACAAAUUGAAGGAAGUCGAAGGCGUGUGCAACCCGAUCAUCUCUAAGAUGUACGGCCAAGCUGGCGGCGCGCCGCCGCCUGGCGCGGACUUUGGCGGUGCCGAAGGUGGAGCGGAAGGUGCCGGCGGAGCUUCCUCGGGCCCGAAGAUCGAAGAAGUCGAUUAA